CCUCCCCAGCUCGCGCUCUCUCACCCAGGUGAGCCAGGCUCCAUGACGGUAACCUGGACCACAUGGGUCCCCACCCACUCUGAAGUGCAGUUCGGCCUACAGUUGACGGGGCCCCUGCCCCUCCGGGCCCAGGGCACCUUCAGCCCCUUCGUGGAUGGGGGCGUGCUCCGGCGGAAGUUCUAUAUACACCGAGUCACGCUGCGGGGGCUGCUGCCAGGGGUCCAGUACGUUUACCGCUGCGGCAGUUCUCGGGGCUGGAGCCGUCGGUUCCGCUUCAGGGCCCUGAAGAACGGUCCCCACUGGAGUCCCCGCCUGGCUGUGUUUGGGGACCUGGGGGCUGACAACCCGAAGGCCUUACCCCGGCUGCGCAGGGACACCCAGCAGGGCAUGUACGAUGCUGUUCUCCAUGUGGGAGACUUUGCCUACAACAUGGAUCAGGACAACGCUCGCGUCGGCGACAAGUUCAUGCGGCUCAUCGAACCUGUGGCCGCCAGUCUGCCCUACAUGACCUGCCCUGGGAAUCAUGAAGAGCGCUACAACUUCUCUCACUACAAGGCUCGCUUCAGCAUGCCGGGGAACAACCAAGGCCUGUGGUACAGCUGGGAUCUGGGCCCCGCGCACAUCAUCUCCUUCUCCACCGAAGUGUAUUUCUUCCUCAAUUAUGGCCGCCACCUCGUAGAGAGACAGUUCCAUUGGCUGGAGAGCGACCUCCAGAAAGCCAAUAAGAACCGGGCGGCCCGGCCGUGGAUCAUCACCAUGGGCCACCGGCCCAUGUACUGUUCCAAUGCAGACUUGGACGACUGUACAUGGCACGAAAGCAAGGUUCGCAAAGGCCUCCUUGGCAAGUUGUAUGGGUUGGAGGACCUUUUCUACAAACAUGGGGUCGACCUGCAGCUGUGGGCUCACGAGCACUCGUACGAACGGCUGUGGCCCAUUUACGACUACCAGGUGUUUAAUGGCAGCCGAGAGAUGCCGUAUACCAACCCCCGAGGCCCCGUCCACAUCAUCACUGGAUCUGCUGGCUGUGAGGAGCGGCUGACCCCCUUCUCCCUCUUCCCGCGGCCCUGGAGCGCCUUGCGCGUGAAAGAGUACGGGUACACGCGGCUGCACAUCCUCAAUGGAAGCCACAUCCGCAUCCAGCAGGUGUCCGAUGACCAGGACGGGAAGAUUGUGGACGACGUCUGGGUGGUGAGACCCCUGCUUGGCCGGAUGAUGUACCUCUAG